GCAAUACCUCAGCUUUUGUGGGACAUUGGACAUCCUUUUACAUCGUCACUCCUUUUCCCUGGCUUUCUCCGCUGUCCCAAUAUCACGGCGCAACGCUGUGAUGGGAUACUCACGCCGUUGUUGCCAUAAGAAUCGCAUUGCCGUUAUUGUCUCCGCCACCUCUUCCCCGCACUGCUUCCUGUCCUCAUUGCCAGCUGGCUCUCGCUUACCAUGAUUGCCGUGCAGCACGCUUCACUUUCCCCUUCCGCCUUUCCUAGACUCCUCCCGACCCCUUCCCACCCUCUCAUGAUGUCUAAUCCAACGUCGAAUCAGGUAGCGCAUACUUCAGUGUUCAGCGCUCUUGGCUCGUAUGCCGACCGCAUCAAGGACAAUGCGAGCAAGUCUGCACCUCAAUCUGGCGAGCCAGCUAUCAGCGAACCCGCAGCGCCAUCCGGAGCUACCUCUUCGUCUUCUAGUCCCGCGACAACUUCCACUCCGACCAAGUCCGCCGCUCAACAGUCUCGGCCCAGUGCGCCGUCAAAGCAACCGACUUCCAAUGACCAUGAAGAUGAUGGGGCUUGGGAAACUGUGCAGAAUACUAGGCAUCGCGCACGGACGGAGGAUAAAAAGCAAGCAGGCAGCGAUUCCAGGAACUGGCGAGAGCGAACCACGUCAAAAGAGCAAUCUGUUGAGGAUGAGAAUCGCUCAAAAUCGGGCCACAAAUCUGCCAAAGAGACGCAUCCCAAGGGUGCUCUGUUGACAGUAGAGAAAUCUCCUCAACCUGGAACGCAGCCAACAGCGACCACCUCGACAUCGGCUAUAGGCUCAAAGUCCGUCUGGGGAUCUCUCGGGGUUCAGUCUGGCUCCUCCAGCCGAGCCCGAACAAGUACACCACCCGCUCAGACGCAAUCUCAGUCCACCAGCUCGCAGAACGCCACCACCCCUUCCUCACCGUCUCUGAACGGUACAACUAUCACCAACAAUUCGGCUUCUCCUGACCUGUCUGCAGAGACAUCUUCCACCACCACAAUACCAGAUUCCGCCACGAUCGUCGAUCACUCUGGCCUGGAAGGCAAAGUCCCCGCGGCCGAAUCCAAACAGCCUGUUGUUCCCGCUGUUAAUCCUUGGGAAGAGCGGAAGAAGAAGUUGGGCACUGCAGCAAGUCCGAUGAACGUAGCGUCUGCGUCUAAAAGCUCGACUCUGAGUGGUCGCAUAUUGCAAUUUGGGUCUGUAUCGCCACCGCCAACCCCCAACGUCAAAAGCUUACCGAACGGUCAUACCGAGGCGAUUGAAGGCGCGCUCGCUGCAAGCAGGACGGAAAAGAGGCCUACCGCGGGCACAUCUGCGGACACGCCAGCUGGCAUCAACGCUUCGUUGUGGCCAGAUGUUGGACAAGCCGCAGAAGUAUCUCGGGCGGCCGAAGAGAAAAAGGACAAGAGCAAGGAACGAAAAGAUAGCGAAACGAGCACUGCAGUGGAAGAUCCACCAGCAGUUGGAAGUGGGUUAGAGUGAUUGCUGAAUAUCCGGUGGCUGACCCGAUCCAUAGAGAAAACAAAGUGGAAAGCGAUCCCAGCUGACGAGCUUCAAGCAUACGCAGAUGAGGCUGCUGAGAAUCAGCGGCGUCAGGCU